CUGCCACAGCCAAUCUCAUGGCUACUUUGGGUGCUAGGCUUCGAAAUUCUGGAGACACUAACACCGUCAACGCCGAGGCUUAUAUCGGAUUUUCCGAUCGAGCCCGACCUCGGGGCCGCCAUCCAGCGCCGUAGCUGGGCGCGAUAGUAUCCUCCCUCGGCCCCUAUGACUUGCGUUCUACAACCAACCCGGCCGUUGAUGUGACCCACGAUGGCCACGAUGCUGCUCCGUGCCUCGCUCCGGAGGAACGGCCUCGGCCUCGGCCAGCGCCCGCCGGUCUUCCAGGUCCAGCGCCGACUGCAGAGCUCGCCUUCGAAAGCCGCGGGCAUCAGCCGCGAUGGCGCCAAGGCCGUCGAGUCAACGCCUGUAUCUACAACUUCCAGCGCCGCUGCCGUUGCCCCGCGGCCUCUUUGGCAACGGCUUGGUCCCUUGACCACGGCCGCGCAGGCGUACGGAAGAUCGCAAAGGGCCAGGCCGUAUACGACGCAGUUCUGGAGCGCCGUCAUCAUCUACCUGCUAGCCGACCUGAGCGCCCAGUCUAUUGGAGGCGAAGAGUACGAUCCCGUGAGAACUGCCCGAAGCAUGGCUAUCGGUGGCAUGGUCGCGAUUCCCAAUUAUAAAUGGUUCAUUUUUCUCUCAAAUCACUUUAAUUACGCAAGCCGGUGGCGAACACUUUCAACCAAAAUUGUCGUCAGCCAAAUUGUCUUCACCCCAACCUUCAACUCUUUCUUCUUCGGCGCCCAGGCCGUCCUCUCCGGCGACGGCAUCGGUGGAGCCGUCGAGCGCAUCAAGAACUGCGUUCCCGCGUCCGUCGUCAACUCGGCCAAGUUCUGGCCGCCAUUCACUGCCUUCUGCUUCACUUAUAUACCCAUGGAAUACCGCAGCAUUUUCACAGGCUGCAUUGCUGUCGGAUGGCAGACUUACUUGAGCUACAUUAACAAGCAAGCCGAGCUGCUAGAGGCUCAAAAGACUGGGCUAGAGCAGGGUAAUGCUGUCGUGAAGGUGGAGGAGGUCAAGGUGAAGGGUGUUAAAUUGGACGACGUCAAGUUGGUUGCCGUCGAAGCGCAAGCUGCAUAAGCAUCGCAUUUUUAUUAUUCCCUUUGUUUGAACAGGAUAGACAAAAUAAGAUAGACUUUCAUACUUUUAUACAGCGAUGUGAAUUGGAGUUUUGGGCAAUAAGUGUAAACUGCAUGAUCUUGCAACCACGUGAGCACUCUCCCAGCUCGUCGCCGAUUGACGGUCAUGAUGGUUUUACCUAUUGUUCAC